GAAAAAGUCCAUCUCUUUUUUCUGGGUGACUGAAGUUUUCUGGGCUCCUCAGCUUUCAGGUCCCCACUGGGAUCUUAUCUCUUCCAACCAUACCAAGAUUCCUCCUUACAUAUCUCAGGACCUUCCAUCUCAGAGCAGCAAUUGCUUUUGAAGUGAAGAUAUUUUCUUCUCUGAAUGAUUUGUGAUACAUGUGGAAGAUGGGGCUCACCCGUGAUCGACGGUGUCAUUUCAACUUUGAAACAAGUGAGCAGCAGGCAUCAAAAUCUACAAUAGCUUCCCAUUAUUCUUUUACAAAAAGAAAAAAAGGAAGCUUCACAGGAAUGAGGAGCAAAUAUACAGAAAGUGAAUCUCCACUUUUUCUCCGUCGAUUCAUUGCAGUGGCUAUGGGAAUAAGGUUCUUUGUGAUGCUGGCAAUGUUAGUCACCAUAUUCAUUUACUUUUCCAGCCCAAAGACUCCAAACAACACAAAUGGAGUUUACUGUGGUCCAUGUCCUAAGAAUUGGAUUUGUUACAAAAAUAUCUGCUAUCUAUUUUCUAAUGAAAGCAAAAAUUGGAAUCAGAGUCGAGCUUCCUGCCUGUCUCACAAUUCUAGCCUCCUUAAAAUAUAUAGCAAGGAAGACCAGGAUAUCCUUGCAUUGGUAAAAUCAUACCAUUGGAUGGGUCUAGUAAAAUCUACACCCAAUGGGAUCUGGACGUGGGAAGAUGGUUCACUUCUCUCUGCUGACCUACUUUCUAUGGUUUUGGUGCAAAAAGGAAACUGUGCAAUCUAUGGCUCCAACUUCAAAGGCUACAUAGAAAACUGUUCAAAUCCAAAUACUUAUAUAUGUAUGCAGAAGGCAAUUCAGCCUAAUUUUGAUUAUUAGAAUAUAUGGAAUUUGGACAAUGGAAACACAACACUACUUAAAUAUUUUCUAGGAAGAAUUUUUUUUAAAGCAGGGAUCAUCAGGACCUCUCAACACAACUUCAAAAGUCAAAGUUCUCUUCUUGUGGAAAAGCUUAUUGCACAAUUUGUGAUGCAAAAUGUCAAGAGGUGAUGGCGAAAGAUGUGAGCAGAUGCAAAUAAAAGCUAUCGUCAGACCCAAAGAAAAAA